CCUGCGCCGCAUCCCUUCCACUGUUCACCAGUGCGUUAUGGUACAUGUAUUAUAUGCACCUGUGCGCGACCAGGAAUACGUUUGUACUACAAACUUUUUACAUAUAGCAAACAAAUCACCUGUGAUAAAUCGGGUUUCUGGAGUGAUAGCCUUCACGGAAAGAGCUAAACUUUUAUAACUUACGACCUGCCAAUACCAGGUGCGUCUUAUCGAAUUAUUGAAGUUGAUCCACUGGAUUGGUGCCAAUUACUCCACCUCUGUGGUGAAGAAGCAAGCUUCCCUGUCACUAUUGAUCCCCCCUCUAUCCACCUUCAGUGUCAAAUCUCUGUCUCCAAAGUGGAGGGAAUUACCCAGGCUUUUGUAUACAAUCAAGACCAAGGAACAGCAGCACUACUCCAAUACACAGAGCUUGACUUUUUCCCUUUUCUACAAUCAAAGCUCUCUUCUUCAAGGUUAUAUCCUCUUUGUCUUUUUUAUUUUUAUUUUUUGGAAAACAUUGGGUCAAGAGGACAGUUGGGAGCAGGCUCUGAGGAUUUUGACAUUUUCUCCUCCGCUGUGUGAUUUUAUUCUCUCCUGUGCUUGUUGCUUGUUGGAGGGGGCCUAAAUGUGGUGGUGUGGCUCACGAAGCUUGUGGAGAGCAGGAACUCUCCUUGCUCUGCUGCUUCCCCUCUGGGAGCUGGGCUGCUGGGGGUUGAUCUCCGCCUCUGGGGGCCAGAACCAGGCCCAGCACACUGCUGUAGGCCCCUGGAAUCUGCUUCGCCGGCACAAACGCAGCUGGGUAUGGAACCAAUUCUUUGUCCUGGAGGAGUACACAGGCGAAGAACCUCUGUAUGUUGGCAAGCUCCACUCGGACGUGGACAAAGGGGACGGCAAGGUGAAAUACGUGCUCUCAGGGGAGGGCUCCACCUCCAUCUUCACCAUCGACGAGAACACGGGGGACAUCCACGCCACCAAGCGUCUGGACCGGGAGGAGCAGGCCUACUACACGCUUCAGGCCCAGGCCGUGGACCGGCUCACCAACAUCCCUGUGGAGCCCAGGUCAGAGUUUGUGGUCAAGGUCCAGGACAUCAAUGAUAAUGAGCCCAAGUUCCUGGACGGGCCCUACAAGGCCGGGGUACCGGAGAUGUCAGCAAUGGGAACAACGGUGGUCCAAGUGGCAGCCACAGACGCAGAUGACCCCACAUAUGGGAACAGUGCCAGGGUGGUCUACAGCAUCAUCAGCGGACAGCCUUACUUCUCAGUGGACCCAAAAACAGGCGUCAUCCGGACGGCGCUGCCCAACAUGGACCGAGAGGUGAAAGACCAGUACAUUUUGGUCAUCCAGGCCAAAGACAUGGUGGGCCAGAUGGGUGGCCUCUCAGGCACCACCUCUGUCACGAUCACUCUUACCGACGUCAACGACAACCCGCCACGCUUCUCUCGUAAGAACUAUCAGUACACGGUGCUGGAGUCCUUGCCUGUGGCAUCCGUGGUGGCCAGGGUCAAGGCUGCGGAUGCAGACAUAGGCCCUAACGCAGAGAUGGAGUAUAGGAUCAUGGAGGAUGGACCUGGGGUGUUCAACAUCACUACAGACGAGGACACGCAAGAUGGCGUCAUCAUCCUUCAAAAGUCGUUAGACUUUGAGACCAAGAACAGCUUUAAUGUGCGAAUCGAAGCCACCAAUCGGAACAUUGACCCUGCGUUCGUGCACCUGGGUUCGUUCAGCGACACAACGUCGGUCAAGGUGGCGGUGGAGGACGUGAACGAACCGCCUGUGUUCUCCACUCAGCUCAGCAGGAUGGUGGUCUCUGAGGACGCCAGAGUGGGCACCUCCAUUGGGAGGGUCUCUGCGCACGAUCCUGACUCCUCCAACAGUGCCAUCAGGUACUCCAUAGACAGAAACACAGACCUGGAGCGUUUCUUCAAUGUGGAUGCUCUGAGUGGGGUCAUCAGUACGGCCAAGUCCCUGGACAGAGAGGUCAACUCUGUCCACAACCUCACCAUCCUCGCCAUGGAGAUCCAGGAUUCAACACAGAUUGGAAAAGGUUUUGUGGCCAUCACAGUUCUGGACAUCAAUGACAACGCUCCAGUGUUUGCCAUCGAGUAUGAGACCCUCCUAUGCGAGAAUGCAGCUCCUGGACAGGUCAUCCAGACUAUCAGCGCCGUGGACAAGGAUGAGCCUGCCAGUGGUCAUCGCUUCUACUUUGCCCUACCUGCGUCUGUGGCCGGCAACACCAACUUCACUCUCCGAGACAACAAAGACAACACGGCGUCUAUCGUAACGAAACGUGGAGGGUUUCGUAGACGGGAGCAGAUGCUGUACCGACUGCCCGUGUUGAUUGUCGAUAGUGGAAGCCCUGCCCUCAGUAGCACCAACACCCUAUCAGUGAACGUGUGUGACUGUGACUCGGACGGUGUGGCCCAAUCGUGUGCAGCCGUGGCAUACACACUUCCUGCCGGCCUCAGUACAGGGGCCCUGGUCGCCAUUCUGGGAUGCAUCAUUACACUGCUGGUGAUGGUGCUGCUGAUCGUGUCGAUGCGUCGGAGGAAGAAGGAGCCGUUGAUUCUGGAGGAGGAGAGGGACGUGAGGGAGAACAUCGUCCGUUACGAUGACGAGGGUGGAGGAGAGGAAGACACGAAGGCCUUCGACAUGGUAGCCCUCCGCAACCUCAACAUUAUUAGAGACCCCAAGGUCAGGCGAGACGUCACCCCUGACACCCCCACUUUCUUCCCCUACCCGACGUCCUCCUCAUCGCGGCCUGUCUUCAAGACCCUGCCAGACAAUGUGGUGUUCCAAGAGUUCAUCUGGGACCGGCUGAAGGAUGCAGAUGUUGAGCCGUCAGCUCCGCCAUACGACUCUUUGCAGACGUACGCCUUUGAAGGGAGUGGCUCGGUAGCUGAGUCGUUAAGCUCCUUGGAGUCACUAAGUACAGACUCGGAGCAGAACUACGACUAUCUCAGCAACUGGGGGCCACGUUUCAAAAAGCUAGCCGACCUGUAUGGCAACAGCGACGGCAAUAGCAACGGCAACAGCGUGUUGUCAUAGCCAAAACUUUCAUGAACUUAGACAAAAAAUGUAUUGUGAUAAAAAAAGAAAAUUAACAACUGAACUACCAAAGUGCAGAGAAGGGGGUGAGAGUCUGUGAAAACAAAGUGAGAUUGGAAAAAUACAACAUCUUGACUUCAAAGGUUGGGUUUGUUUACCUGCCUUGGAUUUUGGAUUUUCAAAAGGGAUGACUUGGCAAGUUUUGACAAGUCACUUCAAAAGUGACUUGACUGAAGAGGAAACCUUGUGAGCAAAGGCAUUAAAAGGUUUCAAAGUUGGGCUGAGGUCCAGAGACCGACUGCGUACAUGAUAGGCUACAGUAUAUUUAUGUGGAGGCACCUGUUCUCUCAUUCCUGCCAUGGGCACAGACCCAGCAGUCUUGCUUUGAUGCAUUCCCUUGCUCUUUUUGUUUAAAAAAAUACAUUUCUCCUGAAGUGCUCGGUCCCUGGCUGCUAAUCGUUAGAGUAGUCACUCAACUAUUCAUUUGAAAGUCAUUAAGAGUGUCAAUGUUUUGUUUUUGUUCAGUGUUUUUCACAGAGAUUACGAAGGAAACGUAUUAAGUCAGACUCGCAGAGAAAAACCAAUAAUAUCUUUCAUUGCUAUUUGUGACAAGUAGUCAAGUGUACAGAUCUGUUGAAAAGGAACCACUGCUGUUAAUUUCCUGAGAGAGCUCUGAAAUCUGCCUCUUCUUUACAAAGAAAUGGUGUGUAAGCGUACACUUUCUCCUUUUAACAUUGCAUUUAACAGCUGUUAGAAUGUGGUGUUUGCCUUUGAAGUCUGUUUUCCUUAGGCCUGACUCUUUCUAUUGCCAAGUCCAAUUUUAUGUAAUAAUGAUGUAAUAACAAUGAUGUAACGUUAUGGUUGAGAUGGAAAUCCAUAUUCACCUGGAUUGAACCUUUAAGUAUUUUUCAUUAUUUGCAAAGGAAUUUGGAAUUCACAGUACAACAUUUACUCUUUAAAAGAGCUUUUCCCAAGGAUUUCAGUUGAUGUUGGACCUUGUAAGAUACUUGCAACUUUGACUUGAAUAAAGUGAAGGCUUGUUUGAAUGGGUUUCAGUGCUGGGCUGAAAUGGGUUACAUAACUAAAAUACAUUGCUCUCCUGUAGCUCACAGUAAAUGCAGCAAAUCUGUUUGUCCAAAAAUUACUCUGCAGAAUGAAACAUUUUGUUAAUUGAUAAGGGACACACACUGUAUGGCGAGAAAACAGGAGGCAAAAUAAGUAUUUUCUUUCAAACAAAAUGCCUUAUGAACUGUUCCCAUUGGAAGACAACAUGUUAAUCAAACAUUAUUCUUAUUUAUUUUGAAGAGGCAUAAAUAUGUGAUGUUUGCGGAUGUUUUUAUCAUUUUUGUGGACAAUAAA